AGAACGGUCACGUGGUGGCUAGCCGGGAAAAUGGCGGCUUCGGGAGAGAGUGGUGCUUCGGGCGGCGGAGGCAGCACAGAGGAGGCAUUUAUGACCUUCUACAGUGAGGUGAGCCCGGAGUAAGGAUGGUGGCCUCAGGGCGACCGCGCUCCGGCUCUGUCCGCCGCGGCCGGGGGCGGCGAGACGCCUUCCCGGACCGUUGGCCCGCGCCGCCUGGCCUGGGGACUGCGGACCGGCUGCGGAGUGCGUGCGCGACCGCCACUGUGGCUGCUGAGGUCCCCGGAACGCGGCGGGGCGGCUGGGCCUGUGGACCCAGACCCGGAGAGGGGCCGGCGAGCUGCUUGUCGCGCGAUACAGCCUGCUGGCUGUGGAGUCUCCGGCUGGCGGAGGCCGAGCUGCGGCGCACCUACUUUUAUUUGUAAACAGGAGGGAGGCCUUUUCCCACUCCUCUGCCAUGAAUUGUGUGAAACAAAUAGAGAAGAGAGAUUCAGUUCUAACAUCCAAAAAUCAGAUUGAAAGAUUGACUCGUCCUGGUUCCUCUUACUUUAAUCUGAACCCAUUUGAGGUUCUUCAGAUAGAUCCUGAAGUGACAGAUGAAGAAAUAAAAAAGAGGUUUCGUCAGUUGUCCAUCUUGGUGCAUCCAGACAAGAACCAGGACGAUGCCGACAGAGCACAGAAGGCUUUUGAAGCUGUGGACAAAGCUUACAAGUUGCUACUGGAUCAGGAACAAAAGAAGAGGGCCCUGGAUGUAAUUCAGGCAGGAAAAGAAUACGUGGAACACACUGUUAAAGAGCGAAAAAAACAACUAAAGAAGGAAGGAAAGCCUACAAAUGUAGAGGAAGACGACCCCGAACUGUUCAAACAGGCAGUCUACAAACAGACCAUGAAGCUGUUUGCUGAGCUGGAGAUUAAAAGGAAAGAGAGAGAAGCCAAAGAGAUGCAUGAGAGGAAGCGACAGAGAGAAGAGGAGAUUGAAGCCCAGGAAAAAGCCAAGAGAGAAAGAGAAUGGCAGAAAAACUUUGAGGAAAGUCGGGAUGGUCGAGUGGACAGUUGGCGAAAUUUCCAGGCAAAUACAAAGGGGAAGAAGGAGAAGAAGAAUCGGACCUUCCUGCGGCCACCGAAAGUCAAGAUGGAGCAGCGGGAGUGAGCAGCGGGACCGCAGCCGGACCUCUCUGCCCGGAGCCUCACUGCCUCCUCCUGCUUCAGGGACUCCUUCUUUCUCCACCGCCACCUGACAUAGAGUAGCGAUUGCUUUUUAGUCUAUUUUGUUUUCAAUACAAUUUAAUAUCAAUCAGAGUAAUUCUUUGUACAUCGAGAGGAGGGGCUUGGUUUAACUUCCCCUAUCCUUACCCACGGAACCACCAGGAUUGGAAGAAGCUACUGACUCGUGUCGCCUUCUUUUCCCACAGCCUGUAACUUAAUGUUUUAUAUUUGAAUUGUGGUGGCUAAAGGGUCAUGUAUAGUUUGUGGAAAUCUUCCAAUUAAAUGUCUUGCUUACAAUGGUGUUGCCCUGACUCCAGAUCAGCCCAGGCCACCUUGGGAAGCCAUCCUUGAGGCCCUCACUCCAACAGGAGAGGCACUGUGGACUCACAUGGUAGUCACUUGUUGCCCUAACGCCCUGUGGUGUUUGGCACAAGGCUUCCAGCCACUUAAACCUGUCCACUUUCCAAAGAGUUCGCCAUCUUCCAGCCAAUCCCAUUGUGUCCUCGCUUGUCUGCAUUCAUUAGUGGUAAUAUUCUUUUACGUAUAAUAAAUUUUUAUACCCAA